UCUGUUCAUUAACCAUGCUUCAUGUAUCCCAUCCCUAUCUUGUCUCCCUAUCUUUUUAUACAAUCCCUAUAUGCCUCUUUUUUAAAAUUCGGAGGAUUUUUUAUUUACUUGUAGUACACUAUUUUAGAGGUGUGAAAAUCAGAAAUGAGUGACAUGUAAAACCUGAUAGAUGUGGAAGUACAUGAGUAGUAGCAACAUUUAAAAAAACCUAGGCUACAAAGUAAGGACAGAAACCCUGCAUGAAUGGAUGAACUAUAAUGCAACCCUCAGCCCUGUACAUGAGCAUUACUUUUGAAGGGUGUGGCCUCAGUGUUUAUCGCGGCAAACUAUAUAGUACCACUCAACUAGAGCUCUUUGAAGUAACGUUUUUCUUGAACGAGCGAAGGAUAACCAAGGGAGUAGGUGAGUGGACAUUGUGGCCAUUUCAUAUUUAAAAAGGAAAAUGCAUUGCCUUAAUGAAAUUGUGCUCUUAAAAACGAAAAUUGUCAGUUAAAUUUGACUUUGAUAAUCAAACUAAUUUUCAAUUUUUGACAUGUAUUUUGCAUUUUGCCAGCGUGUGAAUUGUGGUUAAAACCUUGUAUUUCCUGUUUUAAAUUGUACUUUUCUUUUUUCCAAGCCAUUAAGUUUGCGCAGGCAUAAUCCUUGCAGGGACGUUAUGUGGCGGGGGCCGGGGAAGGUCUCGUUGACGUGGAACUGUGCGUUUACAAAGCAGUAAUAACCAGCGAUCUUCCCAGGGCAGAGAGAUAAUGGAGAAGUAUAGGAUCAGUAAGAGUGAUGGCUCUGUUGUGUUUGGACAACUUUUGGGGAUGUGCGACCAUAUCACUUUCACCCUUGGUAAAUACGGAUAUGCGCCAUACAAAUACAUGCCAUAUGGACCAGUGGAAGAUGUUAUUCCAUACUUGAUUAGGAGAGCUCAUGAAAACAAAGCAAUGCUUGAAGGAGCUGAUGAAGAAAGAAAACUUGUUAGAACAGAGCUUAAAAGAAGGUUUCUUCAAUUAAAAUUUCAGUAAAGGAACAUCAAGAAGAGCAAGGAGAGGGAUUUUUGCAGGAAGUCUGGCAAACAAACAGAGAGAUUGAACGAUGUCAUCCUCUUCUUUUGGAUUAGUAUAGAAAAAUAGAAUUGGAGGGUCUGCAUCAUAUUUUUCAUUGCAUUCCAGUGCCACUGCCUCCAAGCAAUCUUUUGCUUUGGCUACAUUUUCAUUUGAUCCA